UUUUUAUCUCUCAAUACUCCGUAGAUAGAAUUUUGGAUUCUGGAAAACUUUUCUUAUAACCUGCUCCGUAUUUUAAAAAAACCGUAAGACGAUCAAAAUGAGUGGUUCCCGAGAUCAUUCGCAUCGAGAAGAUUCAUACGUGUUAUUUUCACAUUAGAUAAAUAGAUAUAAUAUAAUAUUAAAUGUAUUUGUGGCAUAAUCACUGAUAUGUUUAAUCUAUUCUCUGACAAUAUCACAGAACUGAUAAUAUCCAAAUUCCACCUUGUUGAAAACUAAACAAAUGAAAAAUCUAUAGAUGACGUUUGAAUAACAUGACGUCGUCGUCGACCUAUAUUGAUAAUGUGCUGAUAACAGUGUUGUGAUUUGUGGUACAGGAAAUUAUUUCAGCACUCACUUUAUUAUGGGAGGUGAAAAAUUUGAUACACCACAACCAGAAGCAUAUUUAUUUGGAGAAAAUAUGGAUUUAAAUUUUUUUAGUAAAUGCCCUACUACAUUUCCAUAUCCACCCCCUGAGGUAGGGGAACCUACUAAACCGUUAAAAAGUUUGGUAAAUAUUAGAAAAGAAUCAUUGCGUUUUGUACGUACUGAAGAAGGUAAAACUAUAUUCAAUAUAGAAUUUACUUUUGAUUGCGAUUCACCAUGUUCAAUAACAAUUUAUUAUUUCUGCACUGAAGAUUUUACACCAAGUGGGGUUUCUUUUAAUUGUCGUGAUCCGUCUAUGACAUCUGAAGUUUAUCAUUAUAAACGAGGUUCAAAUCAACAAUUUAUUCAACCAUUACAUAUGUUUGAUCCUAGUAUAUACAGUACUGAGGACUUAACCUAUGCAUUUAACAAAGAAGUUAUUCCAAUUGCUAUACAUUGUGUAGCUCAUGAUACUUCUGAAGAAACACGACAGUCACAUACCACAAUUGCAGUUGUUGAACAAUAUUCUGAUGGAUCCUACAUUUUAAAAGCUUUAAAACAAAAAUUAUUUGUUGAUGGAUUAUGUUAUUUACUGCAAGAAAUAUAUGGUAUUGAAAAUAAAACACCAGACCUAAAAGAUUCUGCAGAUGAAGAUUUAGAAGAUGGUAGUUCAGAAUGCGUAAUUUGUAUGAGUGAUAUGCGUGACACAUUAAUAUUACCAUGUCGUCACUUGUGUUUGUGUCAAUCAUGUGCAGACUCUUUACGAUAUCAAGCUAAUAAUUGUCCAAUAUGCCGAGUUCCAUUCCGUGCUCUUUUACAAAUUAAAGCCUUACAAAAAACAUUGGACAAUAAUCAUAGAAUUGAUUUACGCACACCAUAUGGCUACGAAACUGUUCCUUUAAUUGAAGCUCUGAAUGGUCCAAAUUUUCGACGAUAUAGCAAUGCCACUAAGGUUCCAAGUGAUCCUUUACUAGAAUCUUCACCUGAUAGCCAAUGUGCUGGACUCACUAUGUCUAAGAUGAGUUUAGACAGACUUUCCAGAAAAAAAUCUUGCAGUCUAGAUUCACAUGGUGAAUCAUUAAGUCUUAGUGAUAACUCUUUAAGUUCUAACGCAGCUGCAUCUAACAGUGAUAAAUCAUCUAAAGGUUCAAACAAAGAUGAAAUAAAACCUAAAAUUCCAAUUAAGUGUAAAGACAAAGUUAGAGUAAUUAAUGAAAAAGCAAAUCCUGAAGAAGAGACUCAAGAUGAAGACAGUGAAGCAGAAAAAAUGUCUCCAUUAUUAGACUCAGAGAAAAGUAUUGAGAAGAAAGUUGAACAUCCCCCCCAACCAGCUAUGGUUGAAAAAAAAGAAAUUAAUGUUAUACUAAAUCAUGGAGCAGAAGAUGCUGAGUGUUAUGGUGAAUGUGCUGCAAGAAUGCUUGUUACACAUCAAAAUGAAAAGCCUCAACUAUCAAUAUCUCAAGAAAGAGUGUCACUGCCUGGUACUCCAAUGAGUACAGUAAGCCAACGUUCAAGUGGUGAGAGUUAUACUUCGGUUGGUUCUUCUCGUUUGUUGUUAGCUGCUUAUGAAAAAACUACACCAGUAUAAAUUUUAAAAAAUUAAGUUUAUUUGGCGAAUUUUAUUAUUUUUGUAAUUUAUUUAUUAUUAUAUUAUUAUUAUUAUUUGUAUAAUAAUUUUUUCCUCAUCAUUUAUAUUCCCUAACAUUAUUAUAAUUAACUGUGUAUAGCUGUACAAACUUUGAAUUAUUUAAGAUAAACAUUUUAAAAUAUAUUAAAAACAUCAAAUAUUAUUCAUGUAUAGUAAUAAGAUAUAUUUAAAAUAAGAUUGUAUUGAUAGAAUGUAAAUUGUGUACAAAAUUUAUUACUUAAUACUUAUAUAAAGCUUCAACUCCAAGACAGUUAAGAUUGUUAAAUUAUUUCUCUAAAUAUUGUUACUGUAUGAAUCUCAAUAGUAAAUUGUAUAAUAUAUUACAGCCUAUUAAAAAUAUCUGUCUUAAGACAUAAGACAUAGCAUAUUAUGUCUCACAGUCAUAGAUCACAUAACCAAAUAUUUUUAUUUAUUUUUUAAAAUUGCUGACAACUUUAAGAUUUUUUUUACAUUAUUGCAUUACUUAGGAAUUACCUAC